AUGUGUGCUCCAACCAAAAUGAACGUCAUCACAGCUGAUAUGACCAGAACCAGUCACAUGCAGAAAGCCGGCGAUCUGAAGACACAGCUGAUCUUGCCAAGGGGCCCUCUGCGAAGAAGAAAUCGCUCAUCACUGUCCGAACGAAGAUCACGAGAACUUCUCAGCGACAGCAGCGACCGCCUAUCAGAGCUCAUCCGAAAGAACCAAAGUUGUUUGGUCGACUUCGAAAGUGAUGAUGAAAGCGACUUGGAAGAAGACUACUAA